UCUGUCUUGCCCUUACCACGACGAACACAUAACACCACAUUUGGGCUUGGGGCCUGAGCGUUUAUAGCUGCCUUGACCCCCUAGGGCGCGCGAACUGUAACAAUAGCGCUUCCGCUCCUCAGGCGUCACCAAUGAGCACCGCUCAAAGAGAACAAGUCAAAGCUGAGCACGUUUCUUUAAAUUGUGCCCCCAAAUGGGCCCCAAAACGAAGUUCCCAGGUCACUUCAACACAACCUCCUGACAUUUAAAUGUCGUUUUCAGAGAAAGACCUCGCUUACAGCUCUUUUGCUCCUAAGUUUUGUUCCGUCAAGUGUGUGCUUGUCUCGCUUGCUUAACCCGGAGGCCCCCGCGGGACCCCAUCAGGGACCUGGUUCCCAAGGCCCCUGGAGGGCGGGGCCGUCACCACAAAGCCCUUUAUUGAGGCCCGGGCGUGACGCGAGGCGUCCCGGCCUGGGGCGCGGCCCGUAGCUCGGGCGCCAGCGGGAAGGAGGCGUGUGCCCGCGGCGCGGGCCCGCUGUUGCGCGCGGCCAUGAGCGCCUAGUCGGGCGCGCGCUCCGCCCUCCGUCCGCGGGGGAACGCAACCCCCGAGACCCGCGAGCGCUGGUAAUCGGGCUCCGGCAGCCACCACCCCCUCCGGCCCCCGAGGCCCCGGCCGACCCGGCAGAGUGAACAGAACACUGCAGUCAUAACUUCAGGCACCUAUGUGAGGAAAUUGGGCUGUGAUAAUUCACCAUGGCUUAUGGCUUGCCAAGAAAGAACACAGUGAAAACCAUAUUGCGGGGCGGUUGUUUUAAAGUACAGGAACCUUGGGAUCUUGCACUGCUUACAAAGACCUGGUACAUGAACCUAGCCAACAUCAAAUUGCCUUUCUUGGAAGAAAUUACAUUUGGUAGUCCUUUUUACCUCCAAAAAAAUAAAACCACUAAGAGUGCUCUGCUCCCUUCUGCAGAAUCCAUCAAACUUGAAAGGGAGUAUGAGAUGAAGCGCUUGAAAAACCUGAAAUGUCAGAAAAUCCUAGCUGAGGAAGUUCAGUUUUCUCUAAGGGAAAGGCAAGUUGGUUUGAGAAGACCCCUUCCAUCUAAGUGACCAUCAUCUCAUAAUUGAAUCUGUACUCUGAGCUUUCCACAUCCAAAGGCAAUGAAGGUCUCCAGCCUUUCACAGUGUGAAGUUUGGUGCAGACAUGAGUACCCACUGGUGGAUGAACCAGCUCCUGUGGGUUGAUGGACAGCUCUGACAGAUCUUCUGUGUUCCUACCACAUACUUGUUCCUUUGUGUCACAAGCAACAACACUACCUUAUUAUGUGGAAAACUCUUAUUUGCAGAAGGGCUAGAGAAUGGGGAACUGAUUAGCUGGAAAAUAUUGGACUUGUGUGAACCAAUUUUCCUAGAAUUUGAAUCCAUUAAGGCACACUUGGAUAUCAAAGUUAUAUUUAAGCACAAUUUAGUGUUUGUUAGAUGAAUCAAAGCAUACUUAGGGGGCCAUAAUACACCCCUGUGGGCCCACAGUUUGACUUCUUAACUAGGGAAUUAUAUCUGGUGGUUGCUGUUUGACAGUAUUUAGAAGCUGUUGUCUGAAUUAUCUUCAGAUACUUUCUUCUACCUAUGAUAUGGUGGCUCACAUGAAGGUCAUUUGUUUUUAGAAGUGUGUCAGUGACCCAUUUGAUUUAGUGAUCCUCAGGCCUGGAAAAAGCUGUCUGUAUGUAGUCUUGAGGAGGUGGAACUGCCACAUUCCUGGUUAGAUUUGCUUAACAAAAUUCAGAUGUGCUUCAUGAAAGAUGCUUAGCGGCCAACCAGAGCCACUCUCAAAGUUUCUUGGCUGAGUGUGUGGGAUUUUCACUAUGUUACCCAGUUGUACCAUGUUUAUCUCCCCUUUUUUCCACAUCUGUUCUCUCCGCCUGUUCUUUCUUCCAUUUGACUAGUUUUUUUCCCCUUUCCACCAAUGUUAUUAUCAUAAAUAUGGCAGCUGAGUUGCUGACUGCUUAAAAUGUGGAAAAUACCACUUUAUAAUUUCUCAACCAAAGACCAGUCUUAGGCAAAAAGUCAGUGUAUUUCUAUUUCUUUAGAAAUCAAAAUCAAUUCAUUGUUUUCUUUAAAAAAUUAAUCACAUCCAGCUGUAUCAACAUAUGUUUUGGACAGUAAUGGGAUUAAUUGCAUGUUUAUUUUUGUAGUUCACAUCCCAUGGAGUAGUUUGUAUACUUUCCCUUUUAGGGUCACUGUUACUAAUUCAUCUAGACUGGAGAUAACACCUCAAAUAGUUUCUUUGAAAACUAGAAAUAUUUUU